GAGAGUUGAUCAUUUAGGAUUACUAUAGAUUUCUGCGAUCAUUUAGCUUCAAACCUUCCCUGAGUUGGCCGUGCCAUCCUUGGAUUGAGGACUGUGGACUUCUGGGCGUCAUGUCGGUGAUGCUGCUGGUGAUGUCUCUCUGGCUGCUGCUGCAGGACUGCGCCUGUGAUCCGGUCAACCUGGGCUGCAUGAAGUGGGAUGUGACAGAAGAUGGAGCCUGCUGUAGAGCCUGUCAUCCAGGACACCGUCUGGUGAGGAAAUGCGGCCCAGCAGUGAUUGACCUCUGUACACCAUGUGAACCUGGAACUUACACCUCAAAUUUCAGUGACGACCAGUGCAAAUGGUGCACACAGUGUGCAGGCGCUCAGGUUCAGCUGGAAGCCUGCACGCCCACUGCUGACACAAAGUGUGGCUGCAAGGAGGGGCUCACCUGUGGGAAUGACCACUGCUCCGUCUGCGUUCCUACAUGCACAAAAGGACAGGAACCUCAUGACGGUUCCUGCAGACCCUGUUCAAACGGCACGUUCAACGACAAAAUUCACCAGAAGUGUAAACCCUGGAGCACCGAGUGUCCCAAACCGAAUCAACGCAUCGCAGCCAAAGGAGACGCAUUUACUGACAUUAAGUGUGUGAAUAUUUCAAACCUAAUAUCAGUGGUCACAAAAACAGUGACCACAACAGAGACCCCUGUUUCAGACCCCAAAACAGUGGUCAAAGUGGAGCCCCCUGGACAUCGUUUGGUGAGGAAAUGUGGCCCACGAGCGAUUGACCUCUGUACACCAUGUGAACCUGGAACUUACGCCUCAACUUUCAGUGACAACCAGUGCAAAUGGUGCACACAGUGUGCAGGCACUCAGGUUCAGUUGGAAGCCUGCACGCCCACUGCUGACACAAAGUGUGGCUGCAAGAAGGGGCUCACCUGUGGGGAUGACCACUGCUCCUUCUGUGUUCCUUUAUGCACAAAAGGACAGGAACCUCAUGACGGUUUCUGCAGACCCUGUCCAAACGGCACGUUCAACGACAAAAUUCACCAGAAGUGUAAACCCUGGAGCACCGAGUGUCCCAAACCGAAUCAACGCAUCUCGGCCAAAGGAGACGCAUUUACUGACAUUAAGUGUGUGGAUGUUUCAAACCUGAACUCAGUGGUCACAACACCAUUGAGUGUGGAUACUUCAGAUCCAAAAACAGUGACCACAACAGAGACCCCUGUUUCAGACCCCAAAACAGUGGUCAAAGCGGAGCCCCCUGGACAUCGUUUGAUGAAGGAAUGUGGCCCACGAGCGAUUGACCUCUGUACACCAUGUGAACCUGGAACUUACGCCUCAACUUUCAGUGACAACCAGUGCACAAAGUGCACACAGUGUGCAGGCACUCAGGUUCAGCUGGAAGCCUGCACGCCCACUGCUGACACAAAGUGUGGCUGCAAGAAGGGGUACACUUGUGGGAAUGACCACUGCUCCUUCUGCGUUCGUACAUGCACAAAAGGACAGGAACCUCAUGACGGUUCCUGCAGACCCUGUCCAAACGGCACGUUCAACGACAAAAUUCACCAGAAGUGUAAACCCUGGAGCACCGAGUGUCCCAAACCGAAUCAACGCAUCGCGGCCAAAGGAGACGCAUUUACUGACAUUAAGUGUGUGGAUGUUUCAAAACUGAACUCAGUGGUCACAACACCAUUGAGUGUGGAUACUUCAGAUCCAAAAACAGUGACCACAACAGAGACCCCUGUUUCAGACCCCAAAACAGUGGUCAAAGUGGAGCCCCCUGGUAGCGCAAACAUUGCAUGGUUCCUGGUCUUACCACUGGUCGUUGGCAUAAUUCUGAUAGUCAUUUUCACUGUCGUCUCUGCAAUUACUAAAACCAAGAACAAGAAAACUCCAACAAAACCCAUAAUCAGACCUCCCUCAGAUGACCCGCAAACAUUAAUUGCAAUCGAGUGCAGCUUUCAUGAGGCGGAACAAGAACAGGGCAGCAGCUCUGAAUCACUUUUCUCCAAAGACUCCUCAGAGCAGCAUGAAUGAAGGCCGCCGCUCGGAGGUUCAUGCUCAGGCUGGAUGGAAGGAAAAAAGGAUGCAAGGCCAUCAAGAUGAACAGUAAUGCCUACUUUUCAAUUUCACAUAAGCCACUGAAACAAAAAAAUGUAUAGGUAUAUACACUACCGGUCAAAAGUUUUAGAACACCCCAAUUUUUCCAGAGUUUUUACUGAAAAUUAUGCCGUUUAAUGUCUAAUUGCGCUCAGACGUCAAAGCAUAGCACAUAUAAGCAAUUGGAGUCAAAAAAGAAAUUAUGGAAUCAAUUUAUAGAUCAAAAUGUAUUCUAAACUGUUGACUCAUCAAAGUAGCCACCUUUGGCAGAUCUAACAGCUGAACACACACGUGGCAUCCUUUCUACAAUAGAAAUCAAAUAUUCUUCAGAAAGUUCUUCCCAUGUCUGUUGCAGAAGUUCCCAUAAAUGUGUGGCACUCGUGGGUUGCUUUGGUUUCACUCUCCUGUCCAUUUCAUCCCAAACCAGCUCAAUGGGGUUUAAGUCUGGAGACUGUGCUGGACACUCCAUGUCUUCAAGUUUAUCAGCUUGUUCUUUUUUCGCAAGAUAGUUCUGGCAUAGCUUGGACUUAUGUUUUGGGUCAUUAUCUUGCUGUAAGAUGAACCCCUGACCAACUAGACGCAUACCAGAGGGUAUUGCGUGGCGCUACAGGAUGCUGUGGUGGAAGCCGUUUUGGUUCAGGGUGCCUCUCACUCUGAAGAAGUCACCAACACUGGAUCCAGCAAAACAACCCCAGACCAUCACACUUCCUCCUCCAUGUUUGACAGUUGAAGCCACACACUGUGGAAGCAUCCUUUCACCUACUCUACGCCGUACAAAGAUCCUGCAUGAUGAACCGAAGAUUUCAAAUUUUGAUUCAUCAGUCCAUAAUACCUUUUUCCAGUCUCCAGUAGACCAGUGCCAGUGUUUCUUGGCCCAGGCAAGCCUCUUUGUCUUAUUCUGACGUCUUAGCAGUGGUUUUCUUGCUGCAACUCGUCCAGUUAAACCCGCAGCUCCAAGUCUUCUCUUCACUGUUGAAACAGAGACUUGCUUACUACGACCACUAUUAAGCUGUGCUUGAAGCUGUUGUCCUGUGAGCCGCCUAUCACCCAAACUGUUGACUCUCAGAAACUUUUCCUCUGAUUCAGUUGUGGCUUUGGGUCUGCCAGACCUCUUCCUGUCAUAGUUGGCCCCAGUUUCUGACUUCCUUUGCAAUUUCUCUGUAGGAAAGACCUACAUUUUUCAGUGUUAUGAUGGUCUGUCCCUCUUCCACUGUUAAUUGCCUUUUUCUUGCCAUUUCUGUAGCAACACACUACUUUCUGCAGUACAAUACUGUUCAACUGAUGCUCACGAGGGUAUGGUACCACAUUGUGUUCAAACACUGCUUUUAUGCUGACAGAGGGGCUUGUUAGUAAUCAAGAAAACUUGGAACACCUGUAGGAGUUAGUAGCACCAGCUUUUUAAGGCUUGGUCACCCUCCAUUGCUGCAGGACAACUAUCAAUUAUUAACCCAUUUUGUGUUAUUGUUCUGAAAUGUACUCUGUUUUUCAGUUUUGGGUAACCUUACUUUUUAUUUUACCCUCUGGUAGUUCACCACUUACUGUUGUAUUAUUUCAAGUUACUGAUUGGACUCUAAAACUUUUGACAGGUAGUGUAUAUAAAUAUAUGCAAAGUGAUGGGAGGGAGAAUUCUGUACAGGAAAAGCAAAAGUUUUCCCAUCAUGCAAAUGAUUGCAGAGAGAGGAACUGUGUUUUUCCCCCUUUCACAAGAGGUGAGAAGAGUAGGCUACUGAAAAUAUGAACUCCAGCACAAAUACUGUCAUUACACUUUAAUCUUUGAUUGCACUCAGUCGCAGCUAAAAGAAUAGAGAACUAAGUGUAAUCUGCUCAAACAAUACUCAGAAGUAUUAGUGAGUAAAUGAGGCAGUCAUUUGUAUGUGUUUACAUCAGAUAUGCUGGACUUGUUUAAGAAGUAUAUAUACUGUGAAAUGUAUUUGAGUAUGAGUAAUAUCACUUAUUUGAUAGAAUGAAUAACUAUAGUGAUUUAAGUAUUUGUAAUUUCUCGCUUCCAUGCCUGCACUUUAAGAGUAACAUUGUUCUUUAUGAGUUUGACUAUUUCCAGAGAGAUGAAACAAAUCCUGGAGAGCAAAGUUCCUCUUUCUCUGGUAUUCUUUAAAGAUCACAUGGAGAAUUCAACAGGAGCUCAGACAUGCCCACUGAGCCACAGUUUCAGUCAGCGUCAUAUAAUCUAAACUGUUCAUUUAAUUAGCCAGAGCAGCUGGCAUUCCCGGCAGGUGAUUCUGGGAAAGCCCGGAUUAAAAUGUGACACUUAUCACAUAUACAAUUCAAACAAGAUUGUAAAUGAGGCUUAAAGUUCACGUAGAAACUCCCUCAGUAAGAACUGCUGUGGUGCAUUCACUUACCUCAUGUUUUUCCUCAAUGACUUUAACUUGACAAAAAAAAGUGUCAUAAUAGACAAUAUUGUAUAUUAUUUUACGCUGUACACAAGACAAGUUAAAAAAACAAUAAAAGUUGUAUUUUUUUAAUUUGCUGCAUUUUUUUUCUUACAGGAUAUUUGCAAUUUACAAUAUUGUAAUUAAACAGACUUUUUGAGUCAUAAAA